AUGAAUGGGCGAAGAAAUCCCAGUGGUGGGCGUAGUACCGUGUUGUGGUUAUAUAUAUACCUAUAUAUAAAGUUCCUUGAUUAUGCCAGACAUUCAAAUUUAGGCAACGGCCUGGUAAUCCUCCAUUAUAGGCCUAAGUAUAUUGCAUUGGUGUUGACUAAGCAAACAAUAACCAAGGAAAUAUGUCGGUCUCUCAUCUAUUGAAAGGAACCACGUCUAAUUUGAUGAUCUAUCGGCCAGGACCUAAAGCAGAGUAUUUGCAGGUGAAUAACAGUAAAUUGUCUGCCGAAAAAAGAGUAGAAGGACAAAAUGGGGUGUUUAUUGUCAACUUUUUUCUCAAUCACCAAAGCAAACAAGUAUGUGCAAUAGUGCAUAAGAGGACGGGACUCUGUAUCACAUCCAAUCAAAAUGACGAAUAUAAUAUACAGUUUACGGAUCAAAUUGCUGACUUGGAUGAUAAGUUAAUUAAACUGGAACCAAAUGAUGAUAGGUUUUUCUUUUUCACUGAAAUCAAUGGAAGUUGGUUGUUCAAAGCAGAAAAUAAACCAGACACAUAUCUUACAAUUGAGGAUGGUAAAGCACUGUUGGUGCAAGCAAAGGACCCUGAAAAUGACAGUCCUGGAGCAUUCCUUAAGAUCCUGAAUGCAGAUAAUCAUCCAGAUACAAUUUACUAGGCUAUCAACCACCAGUACCCUCUGUGUAUGCUGGUUAUAGUUAAAAGAUAUCUUGCUUCAUCCACAUAGAAACUAAAAAAAGCACAAUAGAUCACCAACUAAUUUGGUAAAGUAUCUUUAAUAAAACCUAGAAUAUGUAUAGGCCUAUGUACAGUACAUCAUUUUUAUCUACUUCAAUUACUAAAAAUAGAGGCAAUUUGAUUUUUUAUUUUUUAUUUUCAGUGUUAUGCAAUAAAAAGUAUUCUUGAUUCUUGUACUACUGUACAUAUGCAGGUUUUCCAUAUUCCCUCCCCCACCCCACCUGUCAGGGGAAAUCCUGGUGCCGCCCAUGAUGAAUCUGUUGAAUGAAUAAGUAUGUUUUACUUUGACGAUUGUUCAUUUUUCUAUAAAUACUACUCACGAAACAUGGG